AUGAAGAAAAAGCCGUUCAACCCGCCCAAGAUCAUGCCAUUACUCGACUUCCCGAACGAGCUCAUACUCCUGAUAGCCGAGAGCCUCCCGGACGUCAAGUCCCUCUCCGCCCUGAUCCUUACGAACAGACGCUUAUCCUCCCUCCUAACGCCGCACCUACACCAACGAGCAAACGAGGACAAGGACGGUAUCCCAGCGUUCCUAUGGGCCGCCUGGCGUGGCCACGAACCCCUCGUCCGCCUACUCCUGGACAUGGGGGCGGAUAUAGACAUGGCGCACUCGGAGGAUAAGAAGACAGCGCUGCACAAAGCCGUCUGGUACGAGCACCUUGACGUCCUGCGCGUCCUCCUGGACAAGGGCGCCAACAUCCACGCGCGAGCAACGCACGGCUACACGGUACUUCACUUCGUCGCCAUUGGAACUCGCAAUUCCUCCGAAGCGAUAGCCCGCCUCCUCCUGGACCGGGGGGCGGAUCCGGACGUGCAGAACGAGCACAAGGUCACACCGCUGCACCUCGUCGUGCAGCAGACGAGCACGAACCUCGUCGCCAUCGCCAAACUCUUCCUGGAGAAGGGAGCUAAGCGUAAUCCGCGGAACGGGUCGGGGGACACGCCCUUGCACCAUGCUACUCGAUUCGGCAGGAAGGAGAUGGUCCGGUUGCUGUUGGAUAGUGGCGCGGAUGUUAACGCCCUGGAUUACUUUGGCGACACGGCCCUGCACAUUGCCAUCGAGCAGCAUAACGAACCCUGCGUUAAGAUCCUGUUCGAGUACGGUGCCGACCCCUACGUCAAGGAUAGCUCUGGAAAUACCGUGUGGGAUUGGGUGCACUCGGGCGCUAUGUGGGAGAGUCAGGAGGACGUGAUUAUGGCGGAGAAGCUGGCGGAUUUGAUGGGGAAGAUGUGCUUUGGUAGGGGCUCUCAAGGGAGGAGGUGUGAGCGGAGGGCCAUCGCUGCUAGUUGAUGUCGUUCCGCAUUUUGCUUCCUUGCAUCUUGCUUUAUCGUAGCGUGUCCUUUUAUUCUCGCCUACUUGUUCGUUUUGCUCUUUCUUUCUGUUUUUUUACCGUUUCACCUAUCAUCUUAUCAUCAUCAUCAUCAUCAUCAUUCAUAACAUCUGGUAUAUCUUAUAAGCGGCGUUGGGGAUAGCACACUGAGGCAUGAGGCGGCGCAUUUACAUUUCCUGUUUAUCCCUUCUAUUCAUUUCAUCCUCCUUCCUUCCUUCCUUUCAAAAGUUCCUUCGAUCCGAACUUUCCCUUCUCCUUCUUCUCCACGGUAUGCUUUUUGCUCUCGAGUUUAUUAUAGACUUUAUCUUUUGUAAUCCUCAGGGAAAUUUAUUCACGGUUCUAUAG